AUGGCGACAUCUACUCCGGUCAAUACGAAGCAUAUUGCCGAUAUAAAGUUUCCAACUUCGGGCGCUUUCAGACUGAAAAUGCCGGCACCAAUUUUUUCUCCUCGAGACACUUUUAUGCCGAACCAAUCGAAACAUCAAACAAAGUUUGCCUUGCCUUCCAUGCAGAACAGUCUGUAUUCGUCUAUACUUCAACAAUGGUUAAUGCGAAGCGUAUUUGAAGGAAUACAAUCCCCGGGAAAAAAUUUAAUCUUCCCUUUUCCGUGCACAACAAACUGUGAGAAACCGAACUAUUUAUUACAAGAUUUGAAUGCAAGAUAUAAAGAACUAUUGAUAACUCGUCUCAGUGGAUCACCCGGGUGUUUGAAUUUCGAAUCACCGACUCCGUUAAUUUCUCCAUUUUUCCCAAACCCAACCAAUAUAAUGCCUAGUUAUUCGCAGUUAUUCGGAACUUCGUUUCAAAGCCAAACACACAAUCCAGCUCCAGUCCUUGUACACGGAGCCUUUAAAAACAAUGACAGGCCUAGAAAUAUAACUGAAACAUGUAACAGUAAAUCACGCGAAGACAAUGCCCAAGAUCCAAAUGAUCUGCAAAGAAAUAAGUUGGACUUGGUCAACAACAAUAUUGGCAAAGAACGAAAAAGUCACAAAUGUAUUUAUUGCGGUAAAUUAUAUUCAAGAAAAUACGGAUUGAAGAUCCACAUCAGAACUCACACAGGAUAUAAACCUCUGAAAUGUAAAGUGUGUGGUCGACCGUUCGGAGACCCAAGUAAUUUGAAUAAACAUGUCCGACUUCAUGCAGAAGGAGACACCCCGUAUCGAUGCAAGUUCUGUGGUAAAGUGUUGGUCAGAAGACGCGAUCUUGAUAGACAUAUCAAAUCGAGGCAUUCUCUUUGCGGGAGUACCGAAAAAGGAUUGUACUCAGAUAACUGGAAAAUAUAA